AUGAAUGCACUAAUGCGCUGGCUAGAGCAUAUGAAAAGAAAGGAGACUUAGUCACAGUUAUAAAAUAUGGAAAUUAGCAAAGGAACAGCUGAAUUCAGAUUCAAACUCACAUUAUUUUUUAGAAACCUUAUAUUUCAAGAAGAAAGACUUAAAAGUGCUGCUGAAUCUUUUAUAACAUAAUUGAGAAUAAAUAAUAAGCACCCAGAGGCUCUAAUUGAAUAUGUGACAAUUUCAAGCAUAUAAGGUAAUUUCGAAAAUGCAAAAAAAGUAUCUGAAACAAGCAUUAAGGGCCUGUCCAAAUAAUACAGUUGCAAAUAUGAGAUUAGGAAUAAUUUAUUAAACUUAAUUAUACGAAUUAAACUCAGCAAUUGAAAGCUUUGAAUAAGUUGCAAGUGUAGAUCCAGCAAAUUAUAAAGCUUAUUAUUAUAGGGGUUAAUGCUAUUUUUAAAAAGGAGAACUAGAUAAAGGAAUUGAAUGUAUGAAUUAAUCUUCAAAGCACAAUUAAUCAUUUGGUCUAAAAUGGAAAGCUAUUGGUAAUAAUAGGUAUGAAAAGAAUCAGCCAGCUAUGGCUUUAAAAUAUAAUAUUUCUAAAAAGCCCUAGAUUCAGAUAAAAAUGAUAUGGAAGCUAAGAUUAAACUGGGACACUGUUAUUAUUUGCAGGAACAAUUCGAAUAAGCUAUUUAGAUUUAUGAAGAAAUAAAUCAUCUAAAAAGUAAAAGUAUUAAUUAACUAUAUUUCUAGUUAAACUUGGUAUUGGAUGAAAAAACGACUAAGCUCUAUCAUUAAUUAGAGAACUUACUAAUUGAUUAUUGA